AUGCACGGAUAUCGAACCUACAACAUGGAGAACCACCAUGCCCAUCACGCCGACGACCGAAGUGUGGACCAGAAGCCCCUGGUUGUGGACCUCAUGGCCACCCAGUACGGCAAGCCCCAGACGCCUCCACCCUCGCCAAAUGAAUGCCUCUCCAGUCCGGACAACUCCCUGAACGGCAGUCGGGGAUCUGAGAUCCCUGCCGACCCCUCGGUCCGUCGCUACCGCACCGCCUUCACCCGUGACCAGCUGGGUCGUCUGGAGAAGGAGUUCUACAAGGAGAACUAUGUGUCCCGCCCCCGUCGCUGUGAACUGGCCGCCCAGCUGAAUCUGCCCGAGAGCACCAUCAAGGUGUGGUUCCAGAACCGCCGCAUGAAGGACAAGCGCCAGAGGAUCGCCGUUGCCUGGCCCUAUGCCGCCGUCUACUCCGACCCCGCCUUCGCCGCCUCCAUUCUCCAGGCGGCGGCCAACAGUGUGGGCAUGCCCUAUCCGCCGUACGCCCCCGCUGCUGCUGCCGCCGCUGCUGCCGCCGCCGCCGUGGCCAGCAAUCCCAUGAUGGCCAGUGGCAUGCCACCGAUGGCCAUGCCCCAGAUGCAGGCCAUGCAGAUGCCCGGCCAUUCGGGACACUCGGCACAUCCGUCGCCCUAUGGACAGUACCGCUACACACCGUACCACAUCCCCACCGCACGCCCAGCACCGCCGCAUCCCGCUGGCCCUCAUAUGCAUCCGCACAUGAUGGGUACCAGCGCCUCGGGAUCCGCCUCCUCGUACAGCGCCGGUGCCGCCGCCGCCGGCUUCCUGGGCGCCCUGCCCUCGGGCUCCUGCUAUCCGGGAUUGGGUGCCGGUCUGCCCAAGACCCAGACGCCGCCGCUGGACCUUCAGUCCUCCUCAUCGCCGCACUCCUCCACGCUGUCGCUCUCGCCAGUGGGAUCCGAUCAUGCCAAGGUGUUCGACCGCAGUCCAGUGGCUCCCUCAGCUGCUCCCGCUCCCCUCCUGACCACCACCAGUCCGCUGCCCGCUCCUGGUCUCCUGAUGCCCAGUGCCAAGCGUCCCGCCUCCGACAUGUCGCCGCCGCCGACGACCACUGUGAUUGCGGAGCCCAAGCCCAAGCUCUUCAAGCCCUACAAGACUGAGGCGUAA